AGAAAAUAUGUUCGUUUUCAGAAUUUAGUGGUUGUUCUUAUAGGCGUUAUUACCAUGUUAUCGCUCGUCCUUUUGUAUGAGGCAACACGGCCACACUCGAAUCUUCGCACGAUGUUAACCGCGAGAGCCCGCAGACAUAAGUUAUUUAAGAAAAAUUUUGGAAAUAAUAGUGCUGCAUGCAGGCUUCCCAACUUAGAUCCAUUUCACUCCAGUGUAGCACAGUUUAUGAAAGAUCUUGGCAGGCUAAACUGCGAUGGCGUGAGUUAUUCAAGCUUUGAGAACAACGUGCUUGUGGUCGAAGGCGAAGGUAUCGCUUCCGCUCAGUACAGAAAGAUCGCGAGAACACCUGGCGAUGACUUUGCUGUUGUCUUGUCGGAUCCAUUAGAGGUUCGAAAUGACAGUUGGAGUCCAAGGGACGAGGAUGGCAGUCAGAAAGGUAAAAAAUUUGCAUUCACGCCUAUCCCCUAUUUGCUGGGCUACUUAAUGAAAGGAUACUGUUGUUGCCGGUAAAUAAACUAACGUUGUAAGGGCGCCCGUUGUAAGUAAGUAAGUAAGUAAGUAAGUAAGUAAGUAAUUUUAUUUAACCACAUAUCGCAAAUGAGCGAUAGCUCGUUUAAAUGUAAAUGUGCCAAAUGUUGACUAAUUGAACUAAACCUAUUUGUAGAUACCAGAGGUCUUCUCGCUUACCAGCGUCAAGAAGCGUGAAGAAGCUUAAGAGCUGGUCGGCGAGAUACGUCUGGCUCAGGCCGUGAAGUGUUUUAUAGCACGCCGCUUCGCUCCUCAGCUGGCUGGCUUCGCCGCUCCGAGAGCAAAAAACCUCUGGCACCGAGGGUAAAUUGAAUGGAACGGUGAUCAUGAAAGUUUUAGCUUUUCUCAAGCUUUAAAAAUUUCUACGCAAUAUUUGACUCCUUCGAACAGUUAUUUUACAGAAAAAAGUCGUGAGGUACCCCUCUGCAGCUGCAUUAGCCUAAUUCCAGACAUGUCGACUAUACGAAAGCAGGGGGUCAUGUUUGCGAUAACAAUUUCGAAAUAUUGGUUUUAAGAAUGACUUAUAAAUGUUUUUUCUUCGGGUCUGCAAAGCAGAUCAUACGAUUUGUCCCCCAACACUCCGAUUCUUGAUUUCGAUUCUAAAACUCGUAAUUUUCGUUUUAAUUUUAAGAAAUUACCGCAAGAUCCGGCGGCUCAGAAGCCUCACGUUCUCGACGCCUUGAAUAAAUUACUAAUUAAUUUAUAAUUUAUCAGAGAGAUCUUGAUUAAAAAGGUUGUCGAGACUGCCAAUGGUUUUCAUGAGCGGUAUUAUGCUAUUGUAUUAACUCAGCGUGUCAGAGGUCAGGCUUUUCAAUUUCGCUUUAACUUCUUAAAUCGAAACUUUGUCGGUAACGCAGUAAAUGAGUCGCUCUUCUUCAAUGGUGAGUAUCUGGGGAUCACCCUACAUCGAACCCGCGGGGUUAUUUCUUAUCUGAAUUGCCUAAACGGGGAAAGUCCGCCGGGAGGUCCGCCUGAAAGGGGUACCUUUUUUUCAGGCUACAGGUAUAUAAAAGGGAGGAGAUUACAUUAGUUGAAAUAUGUCAUAAGGUAGGGAAAUCUGUCAUUUCAGCCUCUAAAAUAGCUUGAAAUGGCUAACAGAUACAUUUUAUGGUUGAAAAGAAGUCGAGAAAAUGUUCUGGUUUUGUGAUUUAUUUAUAACUGAAAGAACGUGCGUUUACACAAUAGUUAAAAGGGACUAGGUAAACAUGCGAAAAGGGUACCACGUAAGGGAUGCCUUACAAAAUGGUAUAUAAAUGUUAAUGACCUUAACGCCUUCCCGAAUUAAAUUGAAGACCCCUGGGUUAACGAACAUAUUAUCAUAGGGGUUUGUCGACGACCAGCUACCUUAACGGUUACAGCAAUGUUUUUUGCUAGUGGAAGGAAAAUUACCAUGCAAGCACAGCCUUUUUUAAGAAUUGUGGUAGGAGGUUAGAAUGACGGGACGGAUGAAAUCUAAAUUUCGUGAGGGCAGUAAAUGCAUCUUUUCACAGAACAUUAGACUUGCUAUGUUUUUUAGUGAUGCUCUUGGUGUUAGAUUGCGAAAUAUUUUGGUUGCUUAAUUUAAAACUGCUGUGUAACUCGUGAGGUCGACUUGUGUCACGUCUAAUGUUGGUGUCACCUGGAACAAUGUAGAGCUCGAUCAAAACCAAGUUUUAAACGACUGAUCGGUACAGAACUGAAAAAUCGUGUCACACAAAGCAUACAUCAUGUUCAUUGCAACUAGCAUCUAAGAUUAGGGGCACCCAACGAACGUUUUCUGUAAACUAUCUGUUUGGAGAAGCAAAAAUUGCCUAGAAUUUUCUAAAAAUUUCUAGUGAUGACGGUUCCAUUCGUGUACAGUCGAACCUCUCCUUACGGACACCUCUCUAAUACGGACAGUUCACUUGGUCCCGGGAAAAUGCCCGUACAUUCUUUGUAAAAAUAACCUCUAUAAUACGGACAACGGACACGAAAUCUCGGCGCCAGAGAGAAAAUUCAUACAAACUGAACCUCUUUAUUACGGACACUCCAAUGAUAACAGUUCUUAUUCAACACGAUUUGCUGUUUGUCGUUACAUAUCAGAGUGUAAUCAAUUGUCUCAUUGUUCAUACGAUAACAGUGGCUGUGGUCACACUUGGGCUUUUUUUACUAUAGUAAAGUCGAGUUUACUACUGUAAACACGUUUUCUAAUGUGACCGGCUUUUCUCAUUUUACUAUGGUAAACACAGAUCUAGUCAGUUGCGGUGGCAACGGCGGUAGAAUGAAAGCAAAGUUUACUAUAGUAAACUUUCCUAAAACGAUAUGGUUUAUCGCUGGUAUAUCUAAACUUUGUUUAUUCAGUUGACAUCUAGUCGCAUUAUUUUAGAUGCGUUCCCUGAGUGUCACGUUGCUGAAUACUUAAACAUGUAUUUUCAGCGCCGCCAGCCUAUUCUUUUCCUUUUUUCGUGCCAAACAGUACAGUAGAGAUGUCACAGUGACUCAGACAAAUUUUCGCUUUCAUUCGAGGCAAGUCCGCAGUAAAUUCUGGAUUUCAAGGAAUCAUACGCCUGCAUCUAAUGUUCGUGCUUCAUUUCUGAGUCGAGCAUAAAUUUAGAAGUAAAUCAUUCAAUUCAAGUGUUUUUUUAUUCCGUGUAGCCACACUUUUUCUAUCUAUUGUCUGAAUAUGGAUUUUGGUUGGCACGCUUUUUUUUAACAAACCUUCACGUUCUUUUCACUUUAGAGUUCCACCGUUCCUCAAUAGUUUCGUAAUUCCACCAGGCGGUUUUUCAGACGAACACGGCCGCGAAGUAAUUCAGCAUGGACCGCUUAUACUUGGCCGAGAAAAUAAUAGGAUAGAAACAGUAUAAGCAGCGGCACAAUUUUCAGUGAAUGUAUGAUGUACAGACAACUGGAUAAAAAAUAAAACAUUCAUGGAAUGUCGUAGAAAUUAUCACCUGUCCUCAGGCUCAUCAUUGGAGUGACACAUUUCUGUUGGGAAACCAUCUGGAACGUGUUAAGUCAACUAAUGAGUUUUACUAUAGUAAAGUUUUUUUUACAUUUUUUUUACCACGGUUAAAGCCUUUUACCAACGUCAAAUCCCAAGUGUGACCACAGCCAAUUAUCAUGUUAAUCGGUAAAAAUUAUACUAUCGACAUGUAAGAAAUAAGCGUUGACAGGCCAAACACGACUCACAAGCUCGUGAUAAUGUGAAACGUGACCUUGAGAGUCUGCUUGAACAGUGGUUCCCUUUCUUUUUCUCUCUCAAAGGAGGUUACUAGCACUACACAUUGCAUGACUUGUAGCAUUCUAAACUUUGACUGAGUAAAUCUUGUUUUUGCCGCACUAAGUCUUAUGUCCAUUAAACAAUUCAAAUGCACCUCAAAGCCUUUUUUGGGCCAAUUUCGACUUAAAGAACACUUAAUACCAUCAAUGGAGCCUUUAAAGUGACGUAAUAUUCAAGACCUCUAUACAACGGACACCUCUCUAAUACGGACACUUUGCUCUGUCCCUUCGGUGUCCGUAUUAGAGAGGUUCGACUGUACAAGUUUCGAAGCUUAUAACAAAUUCCCUACGAUUUUCUAAAGUUUAAUUUUCCGCAUUUCACUUCUACUUUCGUAGAAAAAUGAACCCUAAAAUUUUCGGAUUCGAAAAUGCGAUGAAGAGAGGAAUGAAAAAAUUCUGACUUUCUUUAUACUUUAAAAUGCGUCUAAAAUACUCGGGAAAAUAAUUCUGAAGCCCUUGUAAUUUCGAAAAGACUCAAGUUGCCCUAGGAUGACCGAACAGAUAGACAUUUUUAGUGCCACUUAAAAUGCUUUUAGAACUCUGGAUAUCCUAAAAAGUGUUUUUAAUGUAUUUAGGAAGAAACCGAUAAUGUAACUUCAAGUGUUUCUGUUUCGAAAUAAACUAUAGGGGGCGGGUUGUAUAUGGGCAACGUUAUCAUAGAAACAUACAGUAAAUAAGCAAUUCGGUUUCGAGUACGUGUUUUGUUUUGCAAACAUGCUAGCCGCGAGCCACAUGUCUCGUUCAAUGCUGUCGUCAGUUGUGGGUUGAUAGCAUGCACCAGCAUAUUAACAUAAUGGAAAAUUUCUGGCCAAUGGCAGCUGUUUCAAGUCUACCAGGUCUACGUUUUACUCCGUCGUGGGUCUUUGCAUUUCAAUAACAAAAGCAUGGUAAACAGUGAGCACUGCUAUCUUGUUUCAAACAAAGCACCUUUUGUGUACAUGUCGUGACUUGCUUCAUACGUCUGACCUUCUAUCAACACUAUUGUGCAACUCCAUUGUCACUCAACUUUGUAUUUUAAGUUGAGUUGAGCUUUGAACAAGUCCUUCAACCGGAAAUGAAUAAAUUAGUACAGUACAAUCAAACCCCGUUAACACGGUGUCCAUAUUAACGGGGUGUCCGCUGAAUUGAAUUUACGGAAAAUCUAAGGGCUUUCUUUUCCCAGGCACAAAGCAAACUGUCCGUAAUAAUGACGUGUCGGUAUUAAGCGGGUGUCCGUAGGGUUGGGUUUGACUCAGUAUUUUGAAAAUCGUGUCUGGUGCUUAAUGCACUACCAUAUGUAGCGAAUUUCUUGAGUUACGGUACUUCAAAAGACUUCAGUAAGUUUUCAAUUUCCUAAUGCACAACGUGACCUAGUAGACUUGUCAUUCAAACAUUUAAGUACAGGCGGACCAUCCGAACUGUUCGAGACAUUGUGAUAUCCCGCGCAUCUUAGGACAUUCUCGUUUUCUAUAAAUAUAUUUGUGGUGAGUGUAAGCUUCAAGGGACUGAUAAAAGGCCACGUAAACGUAGAAAUAAAAUUACUAUUAUUAUGAGAAGACGGCUCUGAAAAACAUACGUUGAGUUAUCUUUAUUCAUCUUUCUUAUAUUUGGGCAAAAAAGCCAGCCAAAAGGUGCAAAAUUCUGUGUUUUAUGAAGUCAUGUUGAAUCAAGCCGAGAGCGGCCGUUACGAAAUACAACUAAAGUAUGGGUCAGAUCACACGUCGCGCGUGACAUCACUAUACCUUGAACAGUUCGCUUGUGAUUUCGCGUUCCCAGCAGUGUAAAUACCAGAUAAAUGACUCAAAGACUUGUCAUAUUUUAAAAAUCUCUUCGCAAAGAAAACUUAAAAUUAAAAGGAGAGACAGCAACAGUAAAAAGUGACCUUGGAAAAGGUGAAAUCCAUCGUCAACAGCACUGACACCGACACCGAAAACUGAGCGACAGAGAUAUGGUAGUUUGCCAUAGAGUUAUUAAUGUACUGACUAAGGGACAGACCGUUCAAUUUUAAGCGGGGGCUAGGGUUCGGCAAUUUCCGCUGAGAAAGAAUUUUUAUCACUAGUAUUUGCAGAAUUUUUUUCGCAGCCCUUUCCAUAAUUUUUUUAAACAUCCAUGGUCGUAAGUGAAAAUACCCCAGAUUGUUUAGUUACAACAAUAAAUAUUUUGUUUAGUGGUUGAGUUUAUUAAAGAAAUUAUUGUAGCACCCAAUUGUUUUGUUUUGAAAUGAUUGGGUUAAGGCCCAGUUCAAACGUCGAAUUCACAUGUGCCGAACUUAAUUCCUAUUUUAGUGGACUAAAAUAGUUGAAUCAAACGUCGGAUUUAACUCUCUGAACUCUGUCAAAUUUAACUCUGCUCGCUGUCAAUAUUCCCAGUAUUAUAAUAAUAAUUUACUAAACUUGAUGCAUUACGUUCGGCACAUGUGAAAUGCGACGUUUGAGUCAAAAGUCAAACCUAAGUCGAACCUUUGACUGUUUCAGUCGCAGACACGGCAAACGUCGCAUUUAAUUUAAAAAGUCGAAUUUAAUUGAUUUAAACGUCGCAGUUCACAUGUAUUUAACUCUGGCGUUAAGUUCGGCACAUGUGAAAUUCGACGUUUGAACCAGGCCUAACUUGAAAAAAUAAUUCUUAUGUUAAAAAAGUUGUUCGUUAAAUUCCGACAUAUCUGACCAUAUGAGUUUCUCUUAUAAAACACAUAAAUUCUUCUCUUGAGCACAUAAAUAAUGGCGAUAAUGACUGCAAAAAGACGAGGCAGUGGAGAUUGCCCUACCCCUAAAUUUUUUAAACGUUAUUAUUAUCAUUAUUAUUAUCAUGAAAUUAUUAAUGAUGAUGAUGAUGAUGAUGUUUCUCUCCCCCUUAUUAUUAUUAUUAUUAUUAUUAUUAGCGGAGCUCCCGCGCGCGAAGCGCGCGCAGCGGAGCACCAUGGGUAACAAAAUUGGGUAAACUAUCCAUCCGAGAAAAUUUGGUUAUGACGUAGAGUACGCCCACCCGUACACACACUUCAUGUAAGCCGAUGUCAAAUGUCACAAUAGAUCUUGCACAACUUGACUAGCCUUUCAGUUUUGUAAGCCAUCCGUAUGAGUACGAUUAGAUUGACAGCUGUCAAAAACAGACAUCCGCUGACAAUUAUCACAUGACCAUCUCGCGGGCUCAGAUCAAAGAUCAGUCGUUUUGCCCCUACAUAUAAGCUGAUAUAAUAUGUCACACUUACCAAUUCAACAUAAAAACGAAACUACCCCGGGCUGGGCUGUCAGUCGGCUGACAGUCGUUUAAAGUUAUAUUGGCAAGCCAAAUUACGGUCAAUUGACAGCUGUCAAAAUGGGAUAUGUGCAUAGAUUAACUUGGGCUCAGGUUCGCUCAGGUACACGAUCUGUCAUUUUCCACUACAAGCCGGACGGAUAUGUCUUACUCACACUCGUAGUCUGUUAAUUCGAAUAUUCGCCAUUCUAAUGAAGGUUAAUUGACAGCUGUCAAACUAGAGUAUACGCUGACCAUCAUCACCUGACUGUAUUGCGGGCUCAUUUUUCUAUCCAUUGAGGUCACCCAUAGCUUAGAAAAUCUAUCUAUCCUAGAAAAUUCGGCAAUCACGUGACCUACAUCGACCACCCGACCUUCCGUCCGUCCGCACCACAGGCAUACCAAUGUUUAACUCACACUUUCUAGCUAGUUUGGGAGCCUGCAACCUGAUAUUGUACAUCCAUGUUUUGAUUAAAUGACAGCUGUCAAAAUAGUGUUUCUGCUGACCAGUAUCGCCUGACCGUAUCGCCGGCUCAGGUAUCGACCCACUGAGUUUGAUUGUUUUUUGAAGUUAUCCGCUGACAAGUUGCUACUUUUCAAAUGAUCGCAGGCUCAAGUUCAAUUUUUUUAAAAUGCAUAUAAAAUAAGUCGUGUUCAUGAGCCGCACUUUUAAAAUUUUGAUUUCGAACUGACCUCGGACGCGAAAAUUCAACCGGCUUUUACAUGCAGGGAAGGCAAUCGUUUUUUACUUUUCUCACUGUCACGCGUUGAUCACGCUCUAAGUCCAAUUUUUGUGUUCUGAUUGGUCAAAAUUUGACAGGUGAGUUCAUGCGGAAAAUUUAUGCAGCGUCUGGAAAAUUGUUUACUUUGACAGCUGAAGCUGACAGAGUUUUGUGUCAACUUGUGAUGUUUUUAAUUGUCUUUUUCCACUUGCUGUACAAAAUGAAAUACAGCUGCUAUCAAGAUUGUUCUGUAAUUCAUGGCUGGUUUGUUUAUUGCGCUUUUAUUGACAAAUGCACCGCUUGUCAAAGUCUUUGGAAAUCCGAUUUCGGAUGGCAUCGUUUUCAAAAAUGAGCCUACUCACUUGCCCUUGCUUGAGGCGUAAGAGGGUUGAAAAGUCUCAAGCGAUUCUGGAACACUUGAUGACCUUCAGAAGCAGCAUCUCGACUGGUAAGCCUGAGCAAUUAUUGUCUUUGAUGUGUGUUUUUUUUUUCGGUUUCCUGACGUCGAGCGUAUUGUUUAUGCGGCUUAAGUUUAUACACGAGCAAUGAUCUAACCUACAAUAGUAUCAGGUUUAAAAAUCCUUUAGACGUCUUUUGACCGCAAAUUCAAAGAAAAGGUUCCGAAGAAUAUUUAGUUAUGAUUUUGGCUGUAAACAGAAAGCUCUGAGCGAUUUUCUUGCCUCGAGUUCAUCUUGCAAAAGAGCAGACACCGGGAAGCCGGCUUAAAACAUAAAUAAGCUUUAUAUGCUUACCUGACUCAUGAUUUUCAGAGACACUUUACUCUCAAUAGUUGUCUUCGUGAAUGAAAAUUAUUGUCUCUGUACAUGUUUCACCGAAUUAUAUUUAUUUUAUUGAUUGUUAGUAGUCCCUCUCGCAAUUUUUAUCGCUGCACCGGUUGUUUCGAGUCGAACAUAAACAUCGCAUGCAGGAAUACUCAAAACGCAGCGCGUAAAUAAUCACUAGCUUUUAAAGAUUACACAUAACAAGACCAUAAACAGUUUUACAAAUACAGGGAAAUAAAACCUAAACAUAACAAAAUCUCUAUCAUGUUGAAGCGUAACUCUUUUAAUCGCACUGCAAAUUUGGUGCCUGUCAAAAGUGAGAACCCGUCCGGCUGGCCGAAAAGGUGAUUUUGGGAAUUUUUUUCAUCGUUUUCACUAAAAGCCCAUAAUUAUUAAACUGCAUAUCACAUAGGAACAGAUUUUUCUAACUGAAAAGUCCCGGCAUUAUGGAAUUCUCUUCAUGAAAACGUUUUAUAAUGUGCUCAAUGCUAUAAUUUGUUGUGCAAAGGAAGGGCGUGCUUUGAUCACAGGUAACCCAGGCUCACUGUUAGUGCCACGUUCGGAUUUCAUAACAUGGUUAAAUAUAGAGAACAUAUGUGGCGAAGUUUAGGUCUGGAAAUUUGCUAGAAAAUGGAAAUAAAAAUCGAUGAAACUUAUCAUGUGGCAAGUUGUUGUUGUCCUUAAUGUGUACACGAAGUUUCGGGAAAAAUAGUCUGCUUCACCGUUCCUUCAUAGUAUUAUAUUUCAGGGUUGUCCAAUUAUUAGUCUCUCAAACGGAGCAAUGUUGGAGAGACUGGUGAAUGCCACAUUAUGAUGCAACAGCUAAUGCAAAUACAAUACACUUUCCAGGCCUAAUCUACUGUGAUCGAACAUGAUUGCUAUUUUUGGGUGUACAAAUAAGACUACUAACUCAAUGUAAAGUUUGUUUCACUCCUGGACUGUCAAAUUAUUUUUCUCUAAAAUCACUUAGCCUUUGCCUCAAAAGUCACAUGAAUGUACCCUGAUCUGUGGAUUGCAAGUUUAUUGUUUCAUUUAAAUUAUGAAUUUAUUAACGGGAGCUUCGCUUUUAGCCCUGGCUAAAUCUAUAUUAUUAUUAUAUUAUUAUUAUUAUUAUUUAAGGUAAAAAUAAAUGGUAAAAGUUUACAACGACGUUUGCGUGCUUCGGCCAUUCUCAAGUUCAGCGUGAGAAUGAAAAUUUAGCAUAUAUAUCUGACUGGAUUGGCAAAAACAUGGUUAUAGCAAUCUCCCUCACAUACCUUCUGACUGAGUCUUGUAGUGGAGCAUGUUUUUUUUGUUUUUGUUUUUCAUAGUUACGUUUUAUUCAUUUAAUUUGUACCGAAUAUUUACUGAAUAGGCUGCAGUACUAAGACUUUGAUGAGUUUCUCACUGGUAUCAAUCUACCACCCCCACCCCCAAAGUUUUUCAUAUCUUCCCAUAAUUCUCUCUUUAUGUCAGUUUGAAAUCAGCGCGCGGAUUAGACCGAACUCGGCUCUCAUAGUGGGUUGUCUUAGAGUUUUUUUUGGCUGCCUUGAGCAAAGUCUUCCGGAAGGCAUCAUUAAGCCUUAUGAAGGAGCAAUUAUCACGUCUGGCAAAGUUUGCUGCGUCCAAUAUCUUCUCGUAUUUCGCCUUAUUUCGGGCUACACGGGUGAAAGACUGAUCCGGGGCUUGAGACCGAAAGAUUGGAUAUUGCGAGCUUUGUUGUUGGCAGUAACAAGUCUUCGGCCUCACAAAGUAGGUUCUAGGGUUGAAAUCUGUUCGGCGAGAUGGAAAUUCAUGCUGAUUUCUGACCAGGCCAAAGACUUAGUAAAAAAUUGUUUUGAAGGAGGGGGCUAUAUGUCUCCUUUUCAACCGCUGGUUUACAACCGGGAUCUUGAAUAAAUCGACUGUCAGUGAGUCGAGAAAAGUUCCAUGCGACGAUUUAUGUGGAGAAAGCGAGAGUUUUACGGAGUAAUUUGACGAUGUUUCGCCCGUGUUAAGUGUGGAAGUAUUAUAUUAAAGUGGUUUUCGGAAGUGUUGUGAUCAGGGAGAGGGGGGGCAUGGCAACAUGGCAGUCGAAGGCGGGACUGUUUCUCACUCUUAUAUUUUGGUAAUUCGCAAAUUUAUUGAUUUUAUGUCGCUUUUCAGACAGUGUGUGGUUUUCUUUUCCUGUUAAACAAUUUCCCUCUGCGGAGUUUGGAAUAUGCAACAUAUAGCUCUGUACAGCUGAUAAGAACCGCCGAAGAGUUGAGCUAUCGAGCAGUGUUUUGCUGCAAACCUUAGGAAAGUUAAAGUCGCUUCAAGGUACAGAGCUUUCAGUAGUAGUUGUGAUUUGUUUAUUAGGCUCGUUUUGAAUGUUAACUUUAGAUUCAAGGUGUUGACUGAUCGUAAUAAACGACGUGAAAUGAUAUGAAGUGUGACUGUUUAUUCAGUUAUGAUUGUAGACCUGUAAGCUCAUAUUUAUAAAGCUCUCUGAAUAUAUUUGCUUCCGAUAAAUUUGACACUUUCUCCAGUAAUUUUUAUCAGCAUCAAAUUAUCCUUACCCGGGAAAAAACGACGUGACCUAUAAAUCGAUCGAGCGCAUUGUUGUUGGUUAAGAUCUAGCACGGUUUUUCCCCGCAAUUUCAGUACCGAAAAACAAAUACGAUAUGCAAGAAAAACAAAGAUAAACGAUAGUAUUUUUUUCAAUUCUUUUAGCAUUCUGAUUUCCUCUGCCGGUUCGCUUCUUGCUUCUAAAAAGUCUAAAAAUAUUUACUGUGAGAAAAAUACUGCAAUUAUCCGCUGACCACCACGCAGGGUGACCGCUUUGCAAGUUGUGAAAACAUCGUUUCUUGGUCCCACACCUCGUCUCUUCCCCCCCCCCCCCCCCCCCCCCCUGCUUUCUCUGUCUAUCCUUUCUGUUUUUGUUUUUUUUUUUGUUUUUCAGUUUUUUUUCAUAUUUACAAUUCCACAAACUCGCCAUUUUUCGUUUUUUUUUUCUCUUCUAAUGAAGCACUCUUUUUUUUUUUUUUUCUUAUAUUUUACUUACCCCCCCCCCCCGACCCUGGUUGUGAUUUCCGUCGAAGUCAUUUAAUGUUGACUUUUGGUUUUGCAACGACGAUUUCUGUCAAAAUCCUGAAGGCAACAAACGCGAUUUUUGUCGUUCUUCUGUGACCUUAAAAACGAUCAUUUUUGUUCUUUUCCAAAUUCAAAAGGUAAUAUUUUGCAAAAGGCGCUGACUUUUUUGCAUGUAUUGGAUAUCUCAACUUGAAGUACAUUCUACUCAAUGCUCACUACUGACAGUUCAGGCCAUUUUUAGGUGAUUGAGGAAGUUGCAAUAUUUUAAAGCAGUGUAAUCUUGUACGGCCGAUUUUGGUCUGCACGGCCGUCAAUGGUUUAAUCACCAAGAAACCAUUAGGCGCGCAAAGCAUAUUCAUGAAUAUAUUCAUUGAUCAUGUUCUUAAUGUUGUGAAUAGAAUGUGAGAACACAUCCUCUGAGCUUUCUUCGAGUACUCCUGUUAUGAAGCAAGAGUGUAGCGUGAUUGUGGGAUGGCGUGAUUUUAUUCCUUUUAAAUUUUGUUAUUAAUAGUUUCACUCGUCUGUCAGAGCGACAGAGAACUUGCCGACAGAUCGGAUUAAAAACUAAAGCUCAUAGAUUCAAGAAAGUCACGAUUUUGUGUAGUGUGUGAGCGAGCCAUUGUAUUGUGAGGAUUGAAGCCGUGAAAUAAACCCCGUUUUGCUUAAAACUGUGAUAUCGUGAAGAACAGCCGUACUUCAUUCACGACAACUCCAUUCAUGUCCUGUCAGAGGACCAGCUCUAACACAGUCUUGACACUUGAAGAACUUGUCUCCAAGCGUGAAAAACCGAUGGAGUGUACCAAGAAAUUUACUAUAAUGUGACGAGAAAGUAGCUCACAAAUUCAGUUAUCGUGCUGCCCACCCCACGUCCUCAAUCAUCGAGUUUCCAUAGCGCACGCCAGUUUGCCCAGAAAACGAAAGCUUUCAAAACACUGAUUUUCCCACCAAAAACACAUAACAAGGGGAAGAGAUGAGAGACUCAUCUGGUCUUUGAGGUUUUGGUGCUUUUGUGACGAAUGGGUGCGCUGUUCUUUGAUGCAGGAGAGAUUUGUCAGUUGAGACUGCACACAGUGACCUGCCUUGCUUAGUGUUAUGUAGGAAAACAACACGAAACAACGAGCCGCAAAAAGUGUGAAAUGGCCAUGAAUAAGGCGUUGGUUUCUAUCGUUGCCUACAAUUUUACGUGUUAACAACUAUACUCACGUUAUACGUUUUUACAACCAUAUUCAUAAAAAGUCUGUAAAUCGUUCGUAAUAUGCAAAACAGUGUCAAAAAACACGAUAAUGUGUUCGGUUAUGCACCGAUCUUGGCCUGCCUGUGGUGCCAUCAACUGAGAGAAAGGCCUUGAACAAGAAGGCCUCAAACUGGUAUAAACAGAGAUGGCCUUGAAGAAAUGGAGCAAGAAUUUCUUUUUGGAACAUUUUGUCCAGACAAACAGGACUACCUUUUCAGAUGGAAUCAAUCGGACCAAGAGAGAAUCGCACCCAAUUUGCUUUCAAACCGGAUUUUCGGGAAACAUACAAACAGUAACCUUGGCAAACUUCAUCAUGAAGCAACGUGCAUGCACGUGAUUUGUAAAACUGACCUUCGUCCUCGCUUGAUCACACGAUGUGCAUUGUGUAAGUUGUCACGUGGUCACGAGUACAUAAACGAUGUCUAGCGACACUGACCUUUCUUUCACUUCUACACGGCAUGGGAACAUCAUAACCGUAUCUGAGUUUGGAAUAACUUGUGCAAUUUUUUCGUUUUUUAGUCACCUCGUACCGCUACGACCAAAAGCAGUUGACUUUUCCGUUGAUUGGACCUCAUUGUCUUUGGAGCAAAAGAAGUUCCGACUUCCUGCAGAAAAACAAGAGCCUGUACUCGCCAAAGAAAGAUGCAUAUUAACCACCGAAGUCGUUCCGGCUUCAGAGAUCCGUUUUCUCUUCUCUUAGGUUUUUUGGUUUGAUUAUUUUAUGUGCGAGACGGAUAUAUCGCAGCGGUACUUUCGCAUUGUCCGUAACUAAAGCCAUCCCGUUUUAAAUAAGGUAUUAAAAGCAUGGCGCUCAGGAUCUGGUAUGCAAUAAUUUCUGUCGGCUUCUGCCCUACCUUGGCGCUUUCGUUUUUAAUUUCUCGAAGAUGGCCAAACGGUUUGUAACUAGACAGUGACUGCAUAUUUCUGGCACCAUUUCAGGGCUUUCUGAAGAGACUAAAGACAGAUACAGCAUGACGAAGCCCCGCCUGCUUUGUUUGGGGCCUUGAGCUUGAAUCAAAAGCGUUUAAGAAAUACACUACAGAAUUGCUUCGAUAAAACCUGACCGAAGUAUUGAAUACUAAUAUAAGACGACAAUAAAAUUAAAUAAAAGAAUCGUAAUCUGUGGACUAAAAGCCCGAAACCCAGGCGUAAACUCCGCGCUUUUACGCUGGCUGUUCGUUCUCUAGAAUUCAUAAUGACUAACCUGAUAAUAGCUGCUUCUACUAUAACAACUUCUGAUGAUAUUUUGCUUUUGCAGUGGCGAGGGAUGAAUGUCACGCGGCAAUUAUUUUGACCAUGGACCGGGAACGGACCGGUUUACCCUUGAGUACAUCCACAAUGUAUGAAAAGAGUGAGCAUUUGGCCUCAUAACAAGUCGCGUUGCAUUUGCGUGACGUUGUAAAGCGUAAGCGAAGUGAAUGGCUGUCAAAACGCCGGUGUAACACGUGACAGUUGUGUAAAAAUGUCAGAUUAUGUUCAACGUCAAGAUCAAGAGAAACAAGAUAGAACACAAAAAUCCACACACAAAAUUGAGCAGCAAAAACACUUUGUAGCGGUAUCCUUAGUUUCUUUCUGUCUUUUCUUGUCACUCGCUGUCGUUCACCAUCACUAUGAUCACUGGCCUCUUGGCAAAAGAUACCGAUAGAGGUGUUUGAGAUUAUGUCGAGGUCAGAGGUCACAGCCUCGUUGUGUUUGUAACGGAAAUCGGUCAUGGUUUGCGUGCGUGUAUGUGCCAGAAACAGCGAGGUACGAUAACAGGGCACCCAGCGACUGUUUUCUGAAAAAUAUCUGUUCGGAGAACCAAAUAUUGCCUAGAAUUUUCCAUAGCUUGAAGCCUAAAAAUUUCUUGAAGACCGUUCGUUCAUGUUCAAUUUUCAAAGGUUAUCCUAAGGUUAUCCUAUCAAUUCCCUACGAUUUUGUGAACUUAGAUUUUUCACAUUUUACAUCCCAGGUUAGGUUAUUUUUCGUAGAAAAGAGGAACCCUAAAAUUAUUGGAGUCAAAUAUGUGAUGGAUAGAAGAAUCUGAAAAUUCUCCAGCUUUCGUAAUACGUUAAAUUGCAGCUAAAAUUUUCGGGAAAAUAACACUGAUCCGAAGCCCUGGUAAUUUCGAAAAGAGUCGAGUUCCCCUAGGAUGACCGAACAGAUACAAAUUUUGUAGCGCCGCUUAGAAUGCAUUUCUAGAGAUCUAAAAGUACUCUGGGUAUACUAAAUAAAAGAAAAAGAAAAGAAAAGAAAAGAAAAAGAAUCUGUACGCGAAAAGAAUCUAUAUCAGGGGCACCCAACGUCAGUUUACGGAAAAUAUCUGUUGGGAAGACGAUUUGAGAUCUAGAAUUUUCGGAACGUUUGUUGUAAAAUUUCUUGCUUGCCCGCCUCUCCUAGGAUUUUCGAACAUCUAAAAAAUGGAAUAAUUGCCCAUUUUUAAAGGAUUUUUACCCUAAAUAAGUCACCUAGAAUUUUCGGGAGCCUUUUUUUCUGGCUGAAAUUUUCGAAAAGGUAAGUUUUGAUCCCUAUAAUUUUCGGAUCACUAGACUUUCAGCAAGGAAAUCCGAAUAGUUGAAAAAUUUUUAGGGAAUAAAAAUAUGCCUAUAUCUACCGUUUAAAUACUAAAACACGUUUAACAAUGCUAUGUUUAAGCGGUUUUGAACUAUAUUCUCGUUGGGUUCCCCUGCCAUAUGGGAUCAUGGAAACAUAUAAAUUUUGAUCGAUUCAGAAAAAAAGGAUUGUAAAUCAAGCAAAAAACAACUAUCAGGACUAAACUAAACAGAUGAAAUAUUUUGCACUUUCCCUUACAUUUUUUUCUUAAUGUUGAAUCGGGAUGUCGUUCGGUCUGGAAUCGGGUAUGGUUUUCGAGGGAACUACAGGACUGUAUGAACGUGUCGUUUCAAUUCCACAUGAAUAAGAAAGAUAGAGAAAUAUGCAAAUUCGAAAUGGAUUUUAAGAAAUCUUUUUUGUUGAUGUUCUAAUCUAAGUAAUGAUGACAUAAUUUCUUAAAGGCAAGGUCUGAAAACGGGUGUGAAAAAUAACAUUUUUGGUCUGAAAUAAAGUCAGAAUUUGGCGAACCGGGCGGCACACCCCUACCAAGAAUUAUUAGAAGUACCCCCCCCUCCCGGGGGGGAGUUAUCACGAGAUGUUGCUGAAAAAAAAAUUACACAGGUACACCACCCUCUGAUUGCGUGGCCGUUUUUGUUAUUGAAAUCUGAGCAUCGAUCUUUUGUACUUUAUGGGAAAAAAUACAGUUGAACAUCAAAACGUAAAUGUUUAAAUAACUGUUCAUAAGCCGGUUUCUCUUGGGAUCAAUUGCAAUCUCCUGCCAGCAUCCUACUUUUUGGCUGGCUCUUUUGAAUUUUUUGCAUGCUUUCUGAUACAUGAUGUUGUCAAUAAUAUGUGUUAGUGAUCUAUUGCUAUGGGUACAAGAUAUGACGUCAAAAGAGAGACAAGUUCAAUCAACUCCCUCUUCCCCAGGGGUUUCCUUAGAAAAUGAGAUAAAUAAGCCCAGAGACCUGGGGACGGCGAGGUUGGUCAAACGAUUGUUAAGCAAACACAGUAUUAUAGAAUGAUAUGUUUCGAGAGAAGAAGCGCAGAUAAGAUCUUUGAGUUCCUGGUGGGAGUUGUCACAUUGAUGGGAAUCAUUCACAUGCCAUUGGCCAUUUUUCUUUUGUUUUUUCUUCUACCUCUAGGUCUUUUUAAGGGAAGUGCAUCGAUAGACGCUGACUUCAUCCGAGUAGACGUCGUAACCAACUCGGGAGAAAGAAAGACCGACGUCCACAUGCACGUGUUUCCAAAACAGGAGGUUCUCGAAAGACCACAAAAGCCUGUUGGUAUUCCAUUGAAUGUAGCACUGGUUAUGUUCGACUCGACUUCAGCAGCAAACUUUGUACGGAAAAUGCCGAGUAGUCUUGAAUACUUGAACAAAUCAUUGGGCUCUGUCUUUAUGCAAGGUAAGGUAACGUGCAUUUGGGUUUGCUGGGCCGUAGCCAGACGUUUCGCGCAUAGAGGACAUGCAGGCGGCAAGAUCUGUGAUCGUCUAGGCCUGGGGGGGGGGGUCUGUCGCCAUUUCCCCGAAAAGAAAUCUAAAUGGGCUAAAACGCUAGCGUGUUUUAUUAAGUAUUUCCUCAGAAAAAUCAAUGUCCUUCAACUGAAUAUUAUCAUUUCCCAACUAAGCAUUUUGCUUCUUUGUAUUUCUUAAUUAAUGUGUGUUACCCACCUGUCAACAAACAAAUGUUUAAAGAAAAAUGACCUGGGUGUUUAAAUAUUUAAAUACUAGUUGGUGUUUUUUUUUGUAGGGAGGGAAUGGGAUGGGUUUGUGGUUGUGGUGGGGCAGGACGCCGGGUUGCGGCAAAAGGGGAAGAGGGGGGGGAAAGUGUUGGGUUCGUGGGGGGGGGGGGGGGGGGGGGGGGGGGUCUGUCGACAUUCUCCCGAAAAGAAAUCUAAAUGAGCUAAAACGCUAGCGUGUUUUAUUAAGUAUUUCCUCAGAAAAAUCAAUGUCCUUCAACUGAAUAUUAUCAUUUCCCAACUAAGCAUUUUGCUUCUUUGUAUUUCUUAAUUAUAGACGCGUUUUGUACUCAAUUUAUUUGCCUUUCCGUGUGUGAAAGCCAAGUAGUGUGGGCAAGAGUUUGCCGGUUUGCAAGUUGAGGGCGCUUUCCAUUUGUCAGAACUGACCGGCAAGGCCAUUCCCGCCGUAAUGAGAACUUCACUUUUAAUUAAAGCUAUCCAGCCAGAUCAGUCAAAUCCUAGAUGGCAUGCACGAAGGAAAUCGUUUUUCAUAAAAAACUCUUGGAAAAAGCCCAUUUCAUUUUCAAAAUGACAGGUCCGGCCGGCCAGUUCUGACUUUUGGAAAGAGUCCGGAGUUUCAGUUUGUUGCGCGACAGUUAUGGUUGCACUUAUUACAACUUACUCAGGCAACAACCCAUAACUGUCAGUUUCUCGCUUGAUCUUCUUAGUGGACCGUUUUAUUGGGCCGCCUCGGUCAUGAAUUUGCUUGUCACGGAAAGUUACAAAGGAAUAUGGAGGAGAAACCGCUGCUUUUAAUCUCUUGCUAUUUUUUCCAGUAUUCCGCAAUGAAUUGUACACUUGAGCUUGCGUACAGACAAUUUCAACUGGUCAGCGGAUACUCUUUUUUGACAGGAUUAAAUUAACUGCAAAAACCGUGGACGAAGAUCCUGCUAGUUGUAAACGUUGGAUCUCUAGAAAAGAGAUCUAAUCAGCCAAAAUAUAAAGAACCAAAAACGAGAAGUCCAAAGACUCCUGCAAAGCUGAUUCAGAACAACGUGUAUUGUUCUUUCAUAACAAUAUUUCGGCUUCUUCAGGUUUACAGAUGUUACUGAACUUAUGUAGGAAUCACAAUAUUAUAUAGAUGGAGAAUGUCGCAAUAAAAAUUGUUUAAAAGGGAGAGGCGAAAAUGACGUACAACACCAAAACUGGAAAGUAAAAAUACUAAUGACACGGAUUACAAUAAUUCGUCACGGCGGUUUAGGCCAUGAGGUUCAAGAGUCAUGGCCUUAUCUAUCAAAUGCGACUCCCUGGCCUUACGAACUGAGUCACGUGAAGAACGAAUUUUCUCUAGUGGGAUUAACGGCAUGUCAGUAUGAGUGUGGUUAGAGUGAGAUAGAAAGUGUUCAGAAACAGUAGUGGGUUUAGAUUUAGUGUUAGUUUUGUCGACUGCACGUCUGUGUUCGUUAAAUCUGUCCUUGAGACGUCGCUUAGUUUCACCUAUAUAUUGUAAAUUACAACGGUUACAUUGAACCAUGUACAUCACGUUUUUAGUGUUACACCUGUAGCGUAAAAGGUAUAACUUGUGAGGCCGUUAGUAAUGUAUGGACAAGUGGCACAAUUUUGUCCACAGCGAAAGAAGCCUGGCGGAAAAUGAUUGUUGGAGAUAACGGGUAAUUGUGCUUUAACUAAAAGGUGGCGAAGAUUAGGGCUACGUCUGUAAGAAACAAAAGGCGGUUUUUAAAGACGUCUUUGCAACGUUUAGAGGAGUGUAAGAUGUUAAAAUGUUUGCGUAGGAUAUUAGAAAUGCGUGCAACUGCUGAGUUGUAUGUGACAACGAGUGUUACAACAUCGUUAGAAUCUCUAGGUUUAGUCUGUAACGCUUUAGUACGAGAAAUAUUGGCAGUACGUAGAAACUGAUCUUCUAAACCUGAAGAAGGUUAGGGCUGGUAUGGCCAGCCGAAAUAUUGUUAUGAAGAAACGAUACACGUUGUUCUGAAUCAGCUUUGCAGUAGUCUUUGGACUUCUCAUUUUUUGGUUCUUUCUUGACAGCUGUCUAUUUACCAUAACAUGGAUGUCCACUAUCAAGUUAAACACAGAUUGUAUAUGUCUUGGACAGCUACAUGUAGUUAAUAAUGCCCGGUCAUUACAAGGAAAUUUUGCCCGCUCAGCAGCUAAUCAGAACGCGCGUACUGUUGCAACCAUAUAAUGAAGUUGUUUACGUUGGCUUCGUCGACCAGGAAAAAGCACUGAAAAGCAAAAACUUUGGUUUUUUCGAGAGGAUUAUGGGGUUAGGUAAUUUAGGUUUUUGAUCACCAAAAGUAUGGUGUUCCAGGGCUGUUAGAAAAGUUGAAAUAUGCCGAUGGAUCGAUUGAGCGACGUACCUCAGUCAUGGCAGCCACCAAGCGACCGUGAUAAAUCUGCAAAACCGUAGCUAAUAAAGCACUUUUAUAUUAAGGCAUUUUUUCGAUAAGAAGGACGCUGAAAACUUUGCGUGACCAAGAGCUCUGCGUGGCGGUGCACUUGUUUGCUGAGGAGGUAAACACAGAGUCGGAUUUGGUUUUGAUUUUGCAUGGAAAAGCGCACUUAAGAACAAUAUCGUCCGGAACGCCCUAAAUUCUGAUUGGCUGGAAAUAAGAUAGGCUUGGAACCUGCCGCCUUACCCUGCAAACAAUUUUCAAAUGCCUUGCCAUAAAAUCCCAUUGUGAUGUCGUCAUAACGGUGUCUUUUAAGGCAGGAUUUUCAUUUUUACUGUUCAAAGUUUGAUACCUUCUCAUAUAGGCUUUUAUUUCCCUGACAUUUUUGGAAGUUUGCUAGGUCUCCCUGCUUUAAGAGGCUGUUUUUCAAAGUGUUUUUGUUCGAAAAAGAAGUGUUACCGACGAAACGUAAUCCGUUAUUUACAUCAGCUGACUAUAACUUUACACAUGCUUACCUGUGUUUUCAUUUCAUAGUGAAUAAAUACAGUCCAACUCCACCAUAUGGACUGAACCCCGUUAAUACUACCAAAUUUCUCAAGGUCGGACUGUGAACUUUAAACGGUUACGCUUUACCCCUGAAUAGAAAAUAAACGCUCUAGAAGUUUAAGCGCCGUGAGCCAAAAGAGAAAAAAAAAAAAAAAAACAGCAAGAUCAACAAAAUCGUUGAGCCGAAUAUGGGGAAUAGUAAUCUCCGAUAUCCAGAUCUUGCCCUUUAGUGACUGCUAGCACGUAGCGGAAAGACCGCAUUUGUCAUAUAUUCUUCUUUUUUGAAUUAAUUUUUUGGCCAAUUAGCAUGGGAAUGGCGGGUCCAAACAUUUUAUAUUUUUUAGUAAAUUUUGCAGAUUUUGAAUGGCUGUAUUUCGGUCCAUUUUGCCACGAUAGACACAAACUUGAGGAUUUUUAAAGCUUGAUGUACUCUUUCCGACUAUGUGAGUCUUGUGUUAAUGAUCCUAUAAAACAAAGCGUCGAAUCAAGUCCCCGUCGGCUUAAAGUUGGCACAAGAGCCAUAGUGGCUCUUGGUUGGCAAUCGAAAAUCUUAGUGCGGAAUAAGCCUGUGUAGUAGGCUUCGAAACGGGUAGGGGAUCAGGAGGGAGGGAAAAUGGGAGUUCUUGCUCUCCCCCUCCCCCUCUCCGUUUUUCGCCUGCCACAAAGUCUAUGCGAGAUAAGGCGGAUGGUUGAGUGUUUGUGCAGGUUUGUUUUUGGUGUGAUUUACAGGUGAAACGAUUGUGGGGGAUGGUACCACCGCACAACUUUCCGCAAUGCUUACUGGAGUGGAAGAAAAACGUCAAGUGGAAGCGCGGAGAAGAAUAACAAACUCUCAACCAGUUGACAGCUGGCGCUGGAUUUUUAAAGACUACAAAGACAAGGGAUACGCCACGAUGUUCUCCGAAGAUUCACCUUACUUUGCGUCGUUCAAUUAUCGUUUACAUGGUUUUAAAGAUCCACCCACUGACCAUUACGCAAGACCCUUCUGGAUGGAAGCUGACAAUCACAUCAAUGGGUAUUGUAUUAAUAACCGAGCGUCCCACGACGUUUCGUUGAAGUAUCUGUUGAGUCUCUUUCGCAGGUACAGAGACACACCAAAGUUUGGAUUCUCUUCCCAUGCAGUUAUUUCUCAUGAUGACCCGAACACGGUUGGUUACGCAGAUGCAGAUCUGAAAUCGUUUCUGGAAACUUUUGAGAAAGAGACAUUCCGAAAUAACACCUUGCUGAUCAUCUUUGCGGACCACGGAGCACGGUUUUCAGACUUGAGGAAAACAAUCCAAGGAAAACUAGAAGAAAGGUUUCCAUUCCUGGCGAUCACUACGCCUAAAUGGUUUCCUGAAAAGUACCCUGACCUCUACAACAGUCUCGUCCAUAAUUCUCGUGUCCUCACGUCACCAUUUGAUGUGUACGCCACCUUACGCCAUAUUUUGUCGUACCCAGAAUAUCCGACGGGAAUCUUAAUUGGCCAAAGUCUGUUUACUAAAAUUGACGAAAGAAAUCGCACAUGCGCAAGUGCCGGUGUUGAGGAUCAUUGGUGUCCCUGUCUGAAUUUGGAAGAAAUUUCCACUGAUGAGCAAGUAGUUUUUCAGUCAGCGACGUUCGUGCUCAACCAUAUCAAUAACCUGACCUCACAGACUGGAGAACUGUCCGGCUUUUGUCAGCGGCUGACUUUGAAGGAGAUAACAAGCGCUUUUCGUGACAUGCCAGGCGAAGCUAUGCAGAGAUUUCGUGACACCAAGCAUCGUUCGGAUGAUGCCUGUGACUAUUGUGAAGCCGUGAUGGGCGAUAAAGCUGAAAACACUCUUGUUAAAGACACUUUGUAUCAAUUACAGCUGUUAACAGCUCCAAAUAAUGGAUUUUAUGAGGCUUCUGUGAGAAUUACACGAGGUGUUCUUUCCAUUGUAGGAGAUAUCAGUCGUAUUGAUGCUUACAAAGACCAGCCAUACUGUAUACAAGAUACAUUCCCCCUUCUACGUAAAUUUUGCUACUGUUAUCCAACAGCGUCUCUGAAAGCGUAG